AAAAUAUACGAUAUGAAGCAAGAGGCGCGAGGCACGAUAAAAAAAGUGACGCGCAUCGUAUCUCCUGGAAUUCUACGGUCGAAUCUCCAGCUCGAUGGUGGUCAUCUCCCUCCUCAUUUGCCCCCUCUUGUUCUCGAUCCUGCGUGCACGUGUCAACGGUGAAUUCUAGAUCACUUGGUCUAUUUUUCAAUGACCAACUCCCCAGGGUUCAUUCCCACCCCCCACAUCACCUUGUCUCUUUCUCUGUGUUGUUUCUUGCCAUGCCCGCUGAUUCAUCUCAAUCCUGAAAAUCAAACAAAAAACUUGUUAUUGGGUAUCUUCCGACAUAUUUUGUUUGUUUGGUAUCUGACUAUCGUUUUCUACUCUACAAAAAAUCUAUGCAGAGACCACUUUUUACUUUCCCUUUCCUUUUCCACUCCACCGUACAAAUAUAGACAAUUGGGCUCUCUUUUGACCAGGAAAGGGAAUACAAGGCAGUAUUUUGGUUUUAAUUUAUUUCCCUGCGCAGAAAAUUUUUAUUAACAUGGAAAAUGAUAUUUUGUAUGUCAAUUUUUUUCACCCGUCGGCAUGACCUGAAGAAUGAUCCACCCGGAUAGUUCCUG